GUUCAAGUUGUAAACAUCUGUCUAUCUCUCUGUCUACCUGUCUGUUUGUCUUUAACUAUCGAGUCAAUGUUAUGCACAUUGAACGGUACUUUGAUUUUGCACUUUACAGCACCAUGUCAGCUGAAUGAAAUUCGGUGCUCGAACGGAAUGUGUAUCCCAAGAACAUCCCUAUGUAAUAAUCGUGUGGAUUGCCCUUUUGGAGAAGAUGAACAACCUUCGUUCUUGGCUCACAAAUGUCCGCGAGAAUUUCUUUGUCAGGUAACACUAGACGUUUGUGUGGCCAAGCCCUGUUCCGGGCAGGCUCAAUGCGGAGAUUACAGUGAUCAGGCUCCAGAGGUAAAUCACAAACCGAGGUUUUCACCCGAUCAGUUCGCAUGUCACUCUGGUGGUCAAUGCAUUCAUGAAUUUUAUCGAUGUGACGGAGUUCGUGAUUGUUUGGACGGAUCAGAUGAAACCGCAGCAGCCGGGUGUCUUCCAGAAUCAGGUAGUCUCUUUGGGCAAUGUGCAAGAAUGAUUGACAAAUAUUACUCACUGCUGAAAAGUCCUGGAAGGUAUAAGCAACUGUUGUUGGUUUAUUGUUGUCAUUGCACAAAUACUUUCUGUAUUGCUUUUGUCUAUCUGUCUGGCUGUCUAUCAAUUUCAAUUUAG